AGCACAUUUUAAUAUUUUAAAUAAAUAAAUAUACAUAUAUUUACUGAUGUCCAAUAUGGGAACUAAGUAUCUGCCCAUAAAGAUGUCGUCUACACAGGAGGAUCUUUACACAAAGCUGAAACAGCUGGAAAAGCAACUUGAUUUAUGUGAAACUCAGGAGAACUAUGUUAGGGAAGAGUACAAAAAUUUGAAGCUGGAGAUGAUACGUGCUCGAGAGGAGAUUAAGAGAAUCCAGAGCGUCCCGCUUGUUAUUGGCCAAUUUCUCGAUAUGGUUGAUAAAAACCACGCAAUUGUAUCGUCGACGGCUGGAUCGAACUAUUACGUUCGUAUCCUGUCUACAAUCAAUCGAGAGCAGCUCGUGCCAAACACCAGCGUGGCUCUCCACCGACAUAGCCACAGUAUCGUUGAUUUGCUACCUCCAGAAGCUGAUUCUUCAAUUCAGAUGAUGCAAAUAUCGGAUAGGCCAGAUGUAUCGUAUGCGGACAUUGGUGGGCUAGAUGCCCAAAAGCAGGAGGUUCGUGAGGCAGUGGAACUGCCUCUUACAUGCCCAGAAUUGUACCAUCAAAUUGGUAUAGACCCACCUGUAGGAGUAUUGCUUUAUGGCCCGCCAGGUACUGGUAAAACAAUGCUGGCCAAGGCGGUUGCACAUCACACUGGCGCCAGCUUUAUACGCGUUGUCGGAAGCGAAUUUGUACAGAAGUAUCUUGGAGAAGGGCCAAGGAUGGUGAGAGAUAUCUUCCGAUUGGCCCGCGAGAAUGCACCUGCCAUUCUGUUCAUCGACGAGGUUGAUUCUAUUGCUACAAAGCGUUUCGAUGCGCAAACUGGCGCUGACAGGGAGGUACAGCGUAUAUUGUUGGAGUUAUUGAACCAGAUGGAUGGUUUCGAUCAGAACGCUGCUGUAAAGGUUAUAAUGGCUACUAACAGGGCUGAUACAUUGGACCCUGCGUUACUGAGACCAGGGCGAUUGGAUAGGAAAAUUGAAUUCCCACUGCCUGACAGAAGGCAAAGAAGAUUAAUAUUCCAGACAAUCACUAGCAAGAUGAACCUUGCAAGUGACGUAGACCUUGAAAGCUUCGUUGCUAGACCAGAGAAGGUAUCUGCAGCUGAUAUCGCCGCCAUUUGUCAGGAAGCUGGUAUACAGGCGAUUCGUAAAAACAGAUAUGUCGUGACGAACAGGGACUUUGAGAAGGGAUGGAAGCGACACAUCAGGAAGCACGACAGAGAUUACAUCUUCUACGGCAUAUAGCCGAGUGUCACUGCCCCAAUAACUGUAGCAAUGUAGAUAAAGUGCAUUAU